GAAGUCAGCCACCUCGGUAGCUUACUAUCCAACAAUAAACUGAUGCAUUGAAACUCCUUUGAUAAUUUGUAUAUUAAUCUGGUUUUUAACACAAUUUAAACGUAAUAUGCUUGUUAAAUGUACUACAUUGUUAAGAGUGAUACUGAGCUAAGACUAGACUAGGCUAGUCACUAAUGCUAGCUAGCAUCCCUGACCAAUGAGCUCGCUAAACUACUCCCCCUCUGCCAAAGAAGCUCUGGGGCUGAACAUUAUCGUGGAAGAAGAGGAGGAUAUCACAAUGAAAGGAGAGAAAGAAGAUUUCAGAAUUAAAAAGGAGGAUGUUACAGUGAAAGAAGAGAAAGAACUGUUUGGAAUGGAAGAGGAAGAGGGAAUAGAGUAUGUAACAGUGGAAGAGGAGGAGGUAGAAGCUUUCAGAAUUAAAGAGGAGGAAGUUACAGUGAAAGAACCGUUUGGAGUGGAAGAGGGGGUAGAGGCUGUCACAGUGGAAGAGGAGGAGAUAGAAGCUUUCAAAAUGGAAGAGGAGGAUAUCAUAUUGAAAGAGGAAGAGGCUGUUUCAGUGGAAGAAGAGAAAGAACCGUUUGGAGUGGAAGAGGGGGUAGAGGCUGUCACAGAGGAAGAGGUAGAAGCUUUCAAAAUGGAAGAGGAGGAUAUCAUAUUGAAAGAGGAGGGGGCUGUUACAGUGGAAGAAGAGAAAGAACCGUUUGGAGUGGAAGAGGGGGUAGAGGCUGUCACAGUGGAAGAGGAGGAGAUAGAAGCUUUCAAAAUGGUAGAGGAGGCUCCCUCAAUAAAAAAGGAGGACAUUUUGGGAGUGAAAGAAAAGGAAGAAAUUGGGGAGGAGACUGAAGACCUGAUUAACACCAGAGAGAGACCAGACUCUCCCUCUGACAAGAGUCCUUCAGGGGAAACAGACCCAGGGAAGAGGCCUUCAGGGGAACCAGACCCAGGGAGGAGACCUUCAGGGGAACCAGACCUAGAGACUACCAAACCAGUAGGACGACACUGCUGCUCCCACUGUGGAAGGAGAUUUACCAAGUUUCACAACCUAAAAGAGCACGAGAGGACACACACAGGAGAAAAGCCUUUCCAAUGUUCCCAGUGUGGAAAGAGUUUUAGCCGGUUAGACAGCCUGAAAAUGCAUGAAAGAAUUCACUCUGGAGAGAAGCCUUACCAAUGCUCCUAUUGUGUAAUGAGUUUUUCACGAUCACAGGCCCUCAAAAGGCAUGAGAGGACACACACAGGAGAAAAGCCUUUUCAAUGCUCCCAGUGUGGAAAUAGUUUUACCCUGUUGGCACACCUGAAAUCACAUGAGAGGACACACACAGGAGAAAAGCCUUUUCAAUGUUCCCAGUGUGGAAAGAGUUUUACCCGGUUAUGGAUCCUAAUUAGGCACCAAGGAAUACACAAAGAAGGAAGGAAGACCUUCCAUUGCUCUCAGUGUGGAAAGAGUUUUACUGAGUUAUGGGGCGUGAAAAUACACGAGAGAAUUCACUCUACACACAGAGGAGAAAGGCCUUUCCAAUGCUCCCAAUGUGGAAAGCGUUUUACCCAGUUAGGGAACCUGAAUUUACAUAAGAUAAUUCACUCUGGAGAUAAGCCUUACCACUGCUCUCAGUGUGGAAAGAGCUUUAUUCGGUCAUGCCAUCUCAAAGAGCAUGAGAAAACACACACAGGGGAAAAGCCCUUCCACUGUUCCCAGUGUGGGAAGAGUUUUACCCGGUUAUGGAACCUAAAAGAGCAUGAGAGGAUACACACGGGAGAGAAGCCCUACCACUGCUCUCAUUGUGGAAAGACCUUUUCCCGAUUAAGGGAACUGAAAUCCCAUUACAUUUCACACACUCUUAUCCAGGGAGAAUAACAAUUGUUGAAUUCACCUUAAAGGUAGCUAGGUGAGACAGCCACACAUCACAGACAUAGUAAGUACGUUUUCCAUUCAUUAAAUAGUUCUCAGUGAAGUCAGUGCUAGUAGGAAAAGACAAGUUCAGGUCAGAUUUAUUGAAGACACUCUUUGAAGAGGCAGGGUCAUCGUGGUUUUCAAGGUUCGUUGUACAUGAGAGAAUAAAGAAGCUCUGUUCUGUCUCUUUUUUUACUGAGAAUUUGUGUUUUUGUUUAUGCCGCAUGAAAUCAAAUUGUAUGAAUGAAAUCAUACAACAAAAUGGCUACUUUUGUUUUAAAAUGUUCUAAUGUGCAUUUUAUUUGAGUUAAUAACAAGUAUUGUAAUUCCAAGAUGGUGUAGUAGUGCAGACGUGGUUUGUCGUCCCCUCCUUUAAUUUUGUGUGUAUAUAUAUACACACAUUUAUUUUCAAUGUUUUUAAAAUGUUUAAAUUAAAUAUACCUUCCGGCAACCCGCCUCACCCAAUGUCAUACGGAUCCGCUAUUUUUUAAACCUUAUAGCUAGAGCCCCCAUCAGAACCUAGCCAUCAGAAGCUAACCAGCUAAUUAGCUACUAGCUAUUUAGUCAUUGUUAGCGGCCUUUACCUUCUGCACAGACACCAACCGUUUUUUUUUAGCCUGGAUAAUACUUGCCAGCCUGCCAGUGUCGGACUGUUCUCUCCACUACAACACCGGAUUCCUGCCGUAAACCCAUUACUCCUGAUCAUCACAGCUAGCUAGCUGCCACCGAGUGACCAGAGUGACCCAGCCCCGAAGCUAGCCCUGAGCCAGGCCCACCUCCCGGCCUACUCUGUGAUCACUCGGCCACUCAGCCGAUGACUCUACCCCAACACAGCUACAAUCCACUACUGCACCGGAUCCAUACCGUAAGUUCUGGACCUUUGCAUCGGAUCAUCGCUGCUAGCUAGCUGCUACCGAUUGGCUAUAGUGGCUAACGCCCCUGCUCCGAAGCUAGCACCAGUUAGCCGCAAGCCAGGCGCAUCUCCCGACUAGCAAACGAAAUGACUACAACUACAAUACUUCUUUCGCCAUCUGGCCCGGACCCUUUGUCGACACGGCGCCCCGCCGUACCAUCCAUCGACUGGUCUGCCGACGUAACUCCAUCCGCUGUGCCCUCAACUGGCCUUUGCCGGAUGUUGGAGCAAACAUUUCUACUUACCCCCGGCCUGCUAACUUUAAACGCCAUGUCUCCCGCGUAGUAACGACGGUUUGGGUUCCGUGUUACCCGUUGUUGUCUCAGCUCUCCCAAUCAACACCUGUGAUUGCUUCAUGCCUCGCUUUAUGUCUCUCUCAAAUGUCAAUAUGCCUUGUACACUGUUGUUUAGGAUAGUUAUCAUUGUUUUAGUUUACUGCGGAGGCCCUAGUCCCACUCAACAUGCCUCAGAUACCUCCUUUGUCCCACCUCCCACACAUGCGGUGACCUCACCCAGCAUAACUAGCCCGUACAGUAAACUUGGUGUCUGGGUUUACCUCCACUGUACCCACACCCCACCAUACCCCUGUCUGUACAUUAUGCCCUGAAUCUAUUCUACCACGCCCAGAUAUCUGCUCCUUUUAUUCUCUGUCCCCAACGCACUAGACGACCAGUUCUUAUAGCCUUUAGCCGUACCCUCAUCCUACUCCUCCUCUGUUCCUCGGGUGAUGUGGAGGCUAACCCAGGCCUUGCGUGUCCCCAGGCACUCUCAUUUGUUGAUUUCUGUAACUGAAAAUGCCUUGGUUUCAUGCAUGUUAACAUCAGAAGCCUCCUCCCUAAGUUUGUUUUACUCACUGCUUUAGCACACUCCGCCAACCCUGAUGUCCUUGCCGUGUCUGAAUCCUGGCUUAGGAAGGUACCAAAAAAUCUGAGAUUUCCAUACGCAGCUACAAUAUUUUCCAUCAAGAUCGAACUACCAAAGGGGGAGGAGUUAGUCUGCAGAAUUCUGUCAUACUUUCCAGGUCUGUGCCCAAACAGUUCGAGUUUCUAAUUUUAAAAAUGAAUCUCUUCAGAAAUAAGUCUCUCACUGUUGCCGCCUGUUAUAGACCCCCCUCAGCUUCCAGCUGUGCCCUGGACACCAUAUGUGAAUUGAUUGCCCCCCAUCUAUCUUCAGAGUUCGUUCGAUCUGUUAGGUGACCUGAACUGGGAUAUGCUUAAUUAACACCCCGGCAGUCCUACAAUCUAAGCUAGAUGCCCUCAAUCUCACACAAAUUAUCAAGGAACCCACCAGGUACAACCCUUAAUCUGUAAACAUGGACACCCUGAUAGAUAUUAUCCUGACGAACUUGCCCUCUAAAUACACCUCUGCUGUUUUCAAUCAGGAUCUCAGCGAUCACUGCCUCAUUGCCUGCAUCCUCUAUGGGUCCGCAGUCAAACAACCACCCCUCAUCACAUUCAAACGCUCCCUAAAACAUUUCUGCAAGCAGGCCUUUCUAAUCGACCUGGCCCGGGUAUCCUGGAAGGAUAUUGACCUCAUCCCGUCAGUAGAGGAUGACUGGUCGUUCUUGAAAAGUAAUUUCCUCACCAUCUUAAAUAAGCAUGCCCCUUUCAAUGAAUAAAAAAACUAAGAACAGAUACAGCCCUUGGUUCACUCCAGACCUGACUGCCCUCGACCAGCACAAAAACACCCUGUGGCAGACUGCACUAGCAUUGAAUAGUCCCAGCGAUAUGCAACUGUUCAGGGAAGUCAGGAACCAAUAUACACACAGUCAGUCAGGAAAACAAAAGCUAGCUUUUUCAUAAAAGAAAUGUGCAUCCUGUAGCUCUCACUCCAAAAAGUUUUGGGACACUGUAAAGUCCAUGGAGAAUAAGAGCACCUCCUCCCAGCUGCCCACUGCACUGAGGCUAGGAAACACUGUCACCACCGUAAUAAUCGAGAAUUUCAAGAAGCAUUUCUCUACGGCAGUUCAUGCUUUCCUCCUGGCUACCCCAACCCUGGCCAACAGCUCGGCACCCCCCGCAGUUACUUCUUUGGACACUGUGUUAACAAACCUCCAAACGAGCUUCAAUGCCAUACAACUCUCCUUCCGUGGCCUUCAACUGCUCUUAAAUGCUAGUAAAACUAAAUGCAUGCUCUUCAACUGAUCGCUGCCCGCACCUGCCCACCCGUCUAGCAUCACUACUCUGGACGGUUCUGACUUAGAAUAUGGGGACAACUACAAACACCUAGGUGUCUGGCUAGACUGUAAACUCUCCUUCCAGACUCAUAUUAAACAUCUCCAAUCCCAAAUUAAAUCUAGAAUCGGCUUCGUAUUUCUUAACAAAGCCCCCUUCACUCACGCCGCCAAACAUACCUUCGUAAAACUGACUAUCCUACCGAUCCUCGACUUUGGCGAUGUCAUUCACAAAACAGCUUCCAAUACUCCGCAUCCAGUUUGCUGAGUAGUCUAUCACAGUGCCAUCCGUUUUGUCACCAAAGCCCCUCAUACCACCUACCACUGCUGUAUUGCCUCGUCGGCUGGCCCUCGCUACAUAUUUGUCGCCAGACCCACUGGCUCCAGGUCAUGUAUAAUCUAUGCUUUCCUUUCAGUUCUCUGCUGCCAAUGACUGGAACGAAUUGCAAUAAUCGCUGAAGCUGGAGACUUAUAUUUCCCUCACUAACUUUAAACAACAGCUAUCUGAGCAGCUGUACACAUCGCUGCAGCUGUACACAGUCCAUCUGUAAAUAGCCCACCCAAUCUACCUACCUCAUCCCCAUACUGUUUUUAUUUACUUUUCUGCUCUUUUGCACACCAGUAUUUCUACUUGCACAUCACCAUCUGCUCAUCUAUCACUCCAGUGUUAAUCUGCUAAAUUGAAAUUACUUCGCUACUGUGGCCUAUUUAUUGCCUUACCUCCUCAUGCCAUUUGCACACACUGU